UGAUUCAGUCGUGUGUUUGGUUUGAAACGAUUUGGUAUUAUGAAAAUAUUUGUAACAGUUUUGCUGCUGCUGCUCAGUUGCAUUCAGUGGCAGCAGUUGCAUGCGGCUAAGAUACUGUGUAUUGUUGGCACGGCGGCGCACAAUAAUCCCAGCUGGACGCAGCCGUUCUUUGAGGCAUUGGCUGGACGUGGUCACUCGCUGACCAUUGUGGGCACCUCGCCAGAUCCCGAAAUUAAAGGCAUAACACAUGUUCAAAUUGAGAACAAAUACGAUGUGAUCAAGAAGCAAUAUGUGGACACACUUGGGAACUUUAAGCAGUAUUGGGAUUUGAAGCAGAUGCUGAUUUGGUAUGAGGCCUUGUUGGGCAACUGCCGAUCUGUUUUAGAGGACAACCUGGUGGUGGAUGAACUGAAAGCAAACUACGAUUUGAUUAUCUAUGAUGCCACCUAUUCGAUGGACUGUCUGAUGAACAGAUUGCCCAAAUAUCGAGACACUCCCGUGCUGGCCUUAAGUAGCGGUAAACUAACUGUCGAUCUGUUGAACUUGAUGCAUGCUGAGGACACCAUUAAUCCAGCACGGAUUCCCCACUUUAUAAGCCAACUGCCUGUGGAAAUGAAUUACUGGCAGCGCAUUCUGAAUCAUGUCCUGUACAUUGGCGAGGCAUUCAUUCGUUGGGGAGUUGUUAAGCCCGUUUUGAAUGGAAUGCUGCGUGAUGGCUUUAGAAAUCCAGAUGUGCAACUGAUGCUGCUCAAUACACAUCCCGUGUUGGAUUAUGUGCAGAAUUUGCCACCCAAUGUAGUUGAGGUCGGUGGACUGCACAUUCGUGCCGAGUCCGCUCCACUUCCUUUAAACUUGCAGGAGUUUGUGAAUCGAUUUCCAGAGGGUAUUAUCUACAUCAAUUUGCCACAACUUCAAUUGAUAUCUAGCGAGGGCGUUAAGGCCAUUCAGUAUAUGAUCAAGGAUUUUAGUCAGUUUGGCUUUAUCUGGAAUGUUAAGGAUGUACAGCUGUUCAGAAGCUAUCACAAUUUGAGGACCAUUAGUGUUGACUUGCAGCAGGACAUUUUGGCUAAAUCCAGUAUGAAGGCAUUUUUGACUCAUGGCGAUAGUUUUGGCCUACAGGAAGCCAUCUACAAUGCAAUUCCAGUUAUUGUGCUGCCGCUUUUAAUGGAUCAGAUCAAUAAUGCCAAACGCGUUGAGGAACGUUAUUUGGGAGUUCGGCUUUCAACUGAUAACAUAACCAGUCACAGCUUUUCCGAUGCCUUGAAGCGUAUCGUUCGGGAGGAAAUCUUUUUGGACAACUUGCAUGAGGCACAGGUCAAUUUCCGUACACGUCAGGUUAAGCCCUUGAAUCAGGCUGUUUGGUAUGCCGAACAGUUGGUGAGCGAGCCGCAACUUUACAAACACCUCUCGCAUCCUCAGUCACGGGAACAGAGCUACUUUGUUAGCCACUCUUUUGAUUUUUUGAUUUUACCAGUGCUAUUUGUCGCUUUCUUCAUUGGCAAUAUAGUAAUGAUAAUCGUACAGGUUACAAAAUCCCAAACGCCUAAAACGAAAGCUAAGCUAAGUGCAAAGAAAAGUCUAGAUAAGAUAAAGGUGAAAGAUAACGGAAAAGAAAAGGACAGAGGGAAGGAAAAUGAAAAGCUGAAACAACCAGCUAAAGAGAAGAAAGAAGCUUAGCUGGUUGAAAGUUAAAGUAUUGUGUAUGUGAUUGAGAUUUUUGUGUGUAUUUUGACUCUAGUAUAUUAAAAAAAAUCGAUCUAUAAGAAU